AUGUCAUAUAGAUCAAGUAAACCUCUUCAGUCGGUGAAGAACUAACCGGGGUCAUUCUUUCCAAAGCAACCUUACUCACCAGCAAAGUCACAUAUAGAGCACUUUCGGUCUGAAAAUCCUACACCCCAUAAUCGAAAAUAAUAAUAGGCUUAUCCUCCGAGACAAGAAUCGUUUAAUUUGUCAAGCGGGGAAAGUCUGGAAUAAUUUCAUAGAAAGCGUUAAAAUUCUAAUUUUAGUUAAGAUAAGAAAGCAAAAAAUUAACUGUUUAAUAUUUUAUUCAAUAAAACUAAGCGUAAUGUAAGUUUUUGUAAAGACACCAUGAAAAAGCAAACUCUACAAAACCCAUUUAAUAAUUAGGGCUAAAAUUGGUAUCUUCCAAGCAAAUCGAAGUUAUCCUAGACUAUGUAAAAAAAACCACCCAAGAUUAACAAUAGUAUGGAUGGAUAGUAGACUGUUGAUAUUAGUUUUGAAAACAUUUUAAUCAAAGGUUAUUAGGAUCAUAGUGGUUUUUAGAGUGACACCACUAAACCUGCAGAAGACUACAAUCCUAGAUCAAUCAAACUAUUUGAAAAGGGCAAAUAACUGUUAAGAGAAAAGUAAAUUGAUGAAGCAAUAGAGUAAUCAAUUUAUUUUAAUCCAAGUCUAUUAAAAAAAUGCAUAGAAGUUGACACCAGAUUGUUGGAAGGUCAUUAUUUUUUGGGAAUCGGCUAUUUAGGAACUCAAUUGUAUUAAAAGGCAAUUGCAGAAUUCUAAUAUGUAAUCUAGUAGGAUGCAGUCCAUCGCAAAAACAUUUAUCUACUUUUAGCAAUUUCUCAUAAAAAGAUGAAUGAAUUAGAUUAAGCAAUUCAAAUCUUAAACAAAGUGAUCACAAUGUUCCCAAGAUAUUACGAUGCCUACAUAUAUAGAGGUAAAUUGCAUACCAAACUUAAUUAAAUUGACAAAGCUGAUUAAGAUUUCAACAUUGCAAUUCAAUUAAGUCCUUAAAAAGGGUUAGGUUAUUUAGGCAAAGCGGAUUGCUUAAGAAUGCAAUGCUAAUAUAAAGAAGCCAUUAAAUACUACUAAAAGGCUAUCAAUUGCGAAUAAGCAGUUGGAAAUGCAGCCAUUUUAAAAAAGGCCAUCACCUUAUAUGAAAGCCAAUAAUAUGAAGAAUGUGCAAAAGACCUUAGCAAACUGUUAGAAACGGAUCCAACAAAUUCAGAGGCCUACUAUUUCAAAGGAUUAAGUAGACUAAAAAUAAAGAAUAACACAGAGGCACUAUUAUGUUUUGAAUAAGCUAUAAAGCAUAACAAUUCAAAGAAAGCAGUGACCAAAUCAUUAUAUGAAAUUGCUAGGAUGAAACUUGAAUAAAGAGACUUUUAUGCAGCUUAUCAUACUUUAAAUAGAUCUUCUAUGCUAGAUACAGAGAAGAGCUAUUUAGAGAAAUUUAAAUUGUUUACUGAAGCUGUGAUAUUUUUGAUGAAAAGAAAGUUCUAAGACAGCAUGCUCAACUUUCAAGAAAUCCAAAAUAACCAUCAAUUAAAUGAUUUUUUAAAGCCCUUGUUUUAUGCUUAUAGAGCUUACGGGUAAUUUUGUUUAUCCAAACAUUAAAAAGCAUUGGAUGACUAUAAAUAUCUGUUAGAAAUCUAACCUGCUGAGUCAAGUGUUCAUUAUAACAAAUUUCUUUGUGAAGGUAUACUGAAGGUGUAAUCUGGGUUAUACACUGAUGGUAUGGAAUUGUUUUAAAGAGCCCAGAAGAUAUUUUAGAAGAAAAUGGAACCCACCUUUUAUUUGGCUGUUACUUAUAUUAAUUAAUCCUUCAAAAAAAAAAAUGACUAGUACAAGGAUGUUAUCAAAGGGCUCGAACUAUUGGAUAAAGCGAACAGUAUGAAUGAUCAAAAUGCCAAUUUAUAUUAUGUUCGAUCUAUUGUGAAGUGCUUUUUAGGCUAAGUGAAUGAAGCAUUGAUGGACAUUGAAUCUGCAAUCUCAAAGUCAGAAGAUAAUGUUGCAAAGUAUUUCUAUUUUAGAGGAAUAGUUUUUGGAAUACUUAAGCAAUACAAGCAUUCUCUAAAUGAUUUUGGCAUUUGUCUAACGCUAGAUGAAACAUUUGCUGAUGCUUACUUAAAUAGAGCAAAAUGCCAUUUUUUAAAUGGAGAUUCAAAUUCUGCUUUCUAAGAUUUACAAUCAUGUAUUCAGAUUCUACAAGAUGAUCCAAGAAUGCAUAUAUGGGCUGAUGCCAUAAAAGCAUAUUCAAAUAACAAAGAUUUUAAAAAUAAUCCAAAAUUAUUAUAAUUACGCGCAGAAUGCUAUAUGGUAUUAGGUGAUCUGAAUUAAUGUUCGGAGGACAUCAAUAGAUUAUAUAAGUUAACUAAAGAGAAGACUGCUGAAUUCGAUAAGGAUAUGUUACAAGCGUUGAGAAUAAUAUUUAAGGAUGAUUAGUAAAUUUAUUUUAAUGAGGAAAGUGAGAAUGAGUACACCGAUUUCAAUAAUAAUCUUAACAAAGCUAUUAAUAUUCUAAAUUAAUUAUGCAGAGGGAAUGGUAAAUUGUUCCAGCAGUUUCACGUCUACAUUUUCCGAGGAGUCUUUUUGUUUCAUCAAGAAAAAUAUGAGGCUGCCUUAAGAGACUUUUAAAUGGCCAAGAGUCAGAAGGAACUCUCUAUAACAGAGAAGAAAUUAAAAUAAAGGGGAAGCCAAACAGAUAUUUUCUAAGAAGAGGAAUUUCAUGAACUUACUGUAGAUGAAGAAGAUGCUGACUUAUUAGAAAUAUUAGAAAUCAAAUUCAAUGAAUUGAUAUGUUUAGUUAUACUUAAGCAAUAUAAAAAAGCUAAGGAAAAAUGUAAAUAAUUAAUAGAGAACAUUAAUGAAGCAAAGUAAGAGGGCUUAUAAAUUUUAUUGAUGCAUAUAGAAUAAAUUCUUAUGAGAAAUUAGCAAGAUAUUGAUUAUUAAAGAGUAAUUUGCUUGUAUGAUGAACCUAAAGAGAACAUCAUUUGUUUCUAAGUACCGAUUGUUUUUGUAGAUGGGUUGAAAAUACGAUUAUCCUUUAGUUUACCAAAAUUAUCUCCUCCAUCUUUAUCCAUAACAUUUGACAAAAGUUUAGUUUAAGAUCUUGGGCCGUUAUCCGUUGAAAAUAAACCAGAAGCUCCUUGGAUAAGAAGAGAAUAACAAGAUGAUAUGAUCAUUUUUACAGAAAAUGUUUAACUAGUAGAUGAUAUUAGAUUAGAGACUGAAAAAGACGACGAGUAACCUCAGUAACAAUAAUAAAUGUUAGAAAUUACUUAAAUUAAAAAUAACCUAAUGCUAGAUAAAGAUAUUGAGGAGAAAUUAUAAAGAUUUUUCGAAAAAAAAAAUAAGUAAAAAUGA